UGGCUCGCAUCAUCGUCCUGUUGCAUUCAGUGUUAUGCUUAUGUUUUCCCAUCAAUAGCUGCCUACAUACCUGCUAACAUAACAAGCUCAACAGUGGGUAGUGAGUCGGGAGAAGAGCUUCACCGAACAACAUCAACAGCGGGUCUUGCUUGGUUCGUUCGGUGGAAAUCAGUCUUCUACAGCGCUUCGUCGAGAACGGUUGUCGACAGCAGGCUCGGAAAAAGACCUGCACCACCCCACCCGCCUACUGUGCCAGUCACGUGCGAGCGUGGAAAACGUAAGAAAACGCGCGUGCUUCGUCGCCCGGUGCGAAAAGCCAAGAGUGAAAGUGAAACUCAGAACAAGCUUGGAAGUGAAUUAUAAUUGCGAAACUUGUUCCGGUGGCACGUUGUGUGCGUGUAAUUUCGUGCAAAUUAAUGUUCUUAAUUAAGAUCGCGCCAUUUUCGGGAGUGUGGGCCCCAAGUCGGUGAUAACGUCGGUCCUUUUUUAUCUGAGAAGCAAGUCAAGUGCGGAAAAAGAAAAUUCAAACUGGGCGGAAAAACUCGUUAAAAUUAUCCCAAAACGAACAUAAAGUGUGAAAGUGGGAAAAUCGAGCUGCCAGCAGUGAGCAAAAAAAAAACAAGUUAGUUGAAUCACCCACGACGCGGUAUACCCGGUAUCAAACUGAGAUUUUUAUCGCCCAACAACGGACGACGGUUUGGCGUCCAGCGUGUUUUGGGGAGUUGGCCGGUGAAUUUAUUGGAACCGUCGUCAUCCCGUGGCGCUGGCAGCCAGCAGCGGAAGGAAACCAUCAAUUAUUAACCGUCAUCCAUCUGGUUACGAGGCACGUGUCGUGUGGUGUUUCCACGCCUCCCACACCGCAACCAGAAUGCUUCGCUUUGGAUUAUUGAAGUAUAAGAAGCUGAGCAGCAGUAGCAGCAUCAGCAGCAGUAGCAGUGGCGAUGGUGGUGGAGAGGCCUUGUCGUCCUGUGAGGGGACCACUUUGGGUCCUUGGGACGAUAAUGGCAAUCAGCAGCCACCGCAACGGCAGACGUUGACACCUGUGCAGCAGCAGAACCGGCAUCACCAUCACCGUCAGAUUCACAAUCAGCUGAAUGGGAGCGCGAUGAAAAAUAUCAACACCCUCGCCAUGGACUCGCCAACGAACAAAAGUGACAACAAAGCACUCUCGGAUCAGGACCACCACCAAACGCCCGAGUCACGGUCCAUCCUAGUGCUGGCAACUUCCUCACCCAGUCACCGCAGUUACAAACCACUGGCCAACAGCCAGCAGCCGUCGUCGAAAGUAUCCACCCCCGGCGGCAAGAAGCGCCACUCGACGACGGCCACCGCCACGGCCCUCAACUGCAAGGCUCGCAUCUACAAGUGUAUCAAGCGAAUCCUCAAAAGGAACAACUUUUCCUCCAGCAAAGAGCAACACAAAGUCCAUCCAGUAGUGCCACCGCAGCACCAACAGCAUCAGCAGGUGCAAGAUAAAUCAAAGGUGGUCGACUAUCGGGAGAUUAAAAGUUUACUCGAGAAGGAAAAGUCCCCGCUGGACUACGAUGUGAACCUGGCCAAGUGUGUGGACAAACCCGCGCUGAUCAAGAAAAUCGCCCUGAAUUUACUGAAAUCAGCGGAAGACGAUAGCCGAUGCCUGGUGAUUGCCCCCGAGCGCCCAUCGGAGACCACUUCCAUCCAGAGCGAUCUCACCCAGGAAGCCGAAUACCAACGGUUACGUGCCGAGUCCUGGUUCCACGAAAACCUACCCCGGGCCCUGUCGCUCGAUCUGCUCAUCAACCAAGCGCCCGGCAGCUUCAUCGUCCGCCGGAGCACCACCAAACAAGACUGUUACGCCCUCUCGCUGCGGGUGCCUCCACCUGGACCAAAGAUAGCACACUACCUCAUCGUACGGACGGCCUCGGAUGCGUACCAGAUCAAAGGAUUCCACAAAGAGUUCAGUACGCUGCAGGCCCUGAUCGUGCACCACUCGGUCAUGCCGGAAGCCCUGCCGGUGCCGCUGGCCGUCCCACGACCCACCAAUCUGGCUGUGAAAACCAAAUGCGAAGACGAUUACGACACGGUUUAUGAUCUUGCACCGGAAACGACGAUCGCCUAGAACCUAACCACAAAGACAUCAUGCCGCAUGUGCUCAAAAAAAUCUCCCCAUCCCUUUUCGCAUGACAUCCUACGAUAUCUAGUAAUCGGACGUUGAGGAACUUUUACCAAAAAUCCUUACUGUUACCUAUAUUGUGUAAGCCUAUUAUUAAAACUAUACAUAGAGCAAUAUAAAUUAUUUGAAAAGAAGAAUUCCAUCCCGGACGGCCCCGGUUUGUUGUUGCGUUCUUUAUUUGUGAUCACCUUCCGACAAAUUACCCGCACUCUCAUCGAAAGGAAAUUAUACGCCCACAGACGCGCGCGGGUGCGUACGUG